AUGGCGAGACAGGCCGACCACCAUGACGGAAAUUCGAGACCAAUCGAUUCCACGCGAAGAACGGGUCCUGCUCGCCGUGAAGGCCUAUCAGCAAGGCCAAUUCGACAGCGCCCACAAGGCCGCGACGGCAUACGAUGUCCUCAAUCGACAGUCUCUGCUCGACUGCGCGGUGCCCGGCCCCGACGCGACGCGCAGAUGAACAACCGGAAGUUGACGGCGACGGAAGAGACUGCCCUCGUACAAUGGGUCUUGUCGAUGGACGAGCGAGGGAUGCCGCCGACAGUGGUCUACACUCGCCGCAUGGCCAACUUGUUGCUUUCGGAGCGCUGCCAAGAAACUGUCGGCGAAAAUUGGGUGCGGAAGUUCGUUGGCCGCCACGACGAAAUCAAGGCGAAAUACUCGUCGAUACGAUUACCAACGUGCCAAAUGCGAAGACCCGAAGAUGAUGCAAGAAUGGGCAAGGUGCACCAAGCAAGCUGGUACGAGGCAGAUGUGCCCAAGGACUGGCAGAUUGCCGUGAGCGACAAAGGUUGGACUUCCGACGACCUUGGAUUGCAUUGGUUGAAGGGAGUUUUCGACCCAUACACACGGCGCCGUACCGUUGGAACACGCCGACUUCUCAUUCUCGACGGGCACGGCAGCCAUGUUACGCCGGAGUUCGACAAGUACUCCUCUGGAUGUCGGGUGCUUUUCGCCUUUGAAAACGAUAUAUGGGCGGAAUGUUCAAGAGAAGAUGCUCGCAGGGUCAACCACAUCGAUAAAGAGGACUUCCUGCUUCUGUACAUCGAGGCCCGCCGACAAGCGCUCUCCCGUCGAACAUCCGAAGUUGACAGGAAUGGCAACGACAAUGCCAACGAUGACGGCGACAAGCACACUCCCCCCAGAAAGCUUGAAGCCCACAAGACACCUUGCAAUGUUAGCCAGCUUACCACUCACGUGGAAGGACUUCUUCAGCGCCGGCCACAAAAUGCGGGCACGCCGGUCUCACAAGCCAUAAACCAGCUCAUCAAAGGAUGUCAAAUGGCCAUGCAUAGUGCCGCGCUGCUCGCCGACGAAAACAGACAUCUUCGGUCAGAAAACCAGCGGCGAAAGAGGAAGAGAGAGCAACGACGCGAGUAUAUUGGUGAUGGCGGUGCUCUGUCUGUCGCAGAAGGCACGGCUAAGAUAAAGCGACGGCGAGAAAAGGAAGAGGAACGUGCUAGGCGACUGAGGGCAAGGGAGGAUGAGCAGGCAGGGCAACAACUUAUCGAGGAGCAGGCCCGACGGCAGACAGAAGAAGAGCUAUAG